GCCGUAGAAGCUGUAAGACUCAAAUUUGGCUUUAAUUGUUGAUAAUUUUGUGUAUUUUUAAAAGUGCAAAGUGUCUUAAAAUGGCAAAAAUAUUCAGUAUGAGGCUAUACACUAGAUCAGUGCUGUCCAAACAUUUUGAGCCAUGGCAUACCUUAAAAAUGAGCCUUUAACACAGCAUGCAUUUCGCAUUGUCUCCAAAAAAUUUAUGCAGCCCACCAGUGUGCCGCGACACACAGUUUAGGCACCACUGCAUUAUUUAUCAUGUCUUGGAGAAGAUGCAACCUAAGAUUACAGCUUUAAAGGCUUUGUUUGAGGGGUCUUUGGAACUCACACUAUUUUAACUCUAAUAACAAUUCGCGUGCCGAAACACACAGAUUAAGAACCACUGUAGUAGACGAAUUAAUAAAAAUAUUGUAUUUUCAGGCUCCAAACCUUCUUCAUCCUCACAAUCAUGUCCAUUUCAUCAUCAACAAGAAUCCAGUGCAAAUACGAAGUUAAAAGUUUCUACUUCUUUGGUGAUAAAUACCGCUGCAACAUAAUCAAUGACCCAAAGAUGAAUUCCCAUGAAUCAGCAAUAAUAACAUCAGCUCACGGUGACCAUGAAGACACAAAGACCAACAGUGAUGUCCUUGGACUCUUUUCUGAAAGUGAAUCCAUCGAAUAUUUUCCAAAAAAUGCUGAAAAAAUCUUUAAUAAUCUUGAAGCAAUUUCUCUAAACUUUUGUCCAUUGAAGGAAAUUUUUCAGUCGGAUUUAAAGUCGUUGAGUAAAUUGACUUAUCUUUUAAUUGGCCGUAGUGACAUUGAGGUCAUUGAGGAAGGCUUGUUUAAUUAUAAUCCAAAUUUAGAGUAUUUAAUUUUUGACGGAUCAAAGCUGAUUCACAUCGAUCCGAAUGUCUUUGAUAAUUUGAGUAGAUUGAAGCUUUUAUAUUUUUAUGCUGUUCCUUGUAGUGGUCAAUUGCGGUCUGAAUAUGAUUAUGAGAUUAAAAUAGCAAUUCAAAGGUUUAGAGCUGAAUGUGUAAAUCUAGAGUAUUUGGAACUUAAUGAUCAGCUUGAGGAGUUAAAAAAUCAAUCUUUGAGAUUAAAUGUUGAAGAUUUUAACGAAAAAUUAGGAAAAUUUGAAGUCAGCUUUAAUAAUUCUAAAUUUUCAAAGUUUCGUCCGCUGAAAAAUAAAUUUGAGAACCUCAAAAACAUUGCAACGGUCAAAGAACAUCCAAAACUUUCAUUAGUUAUUUUACUGGCAUUUUAUAAAUUAUUUUAAACAAUUUAUUAAAAUCUUAAUUUUUUAAAGACGUCAAAAAGUGAA